AUGUCUUUAUCUCGCAACUUCUUUGAGGACUUCUACCCUCUCUUCCGCCUUGUCGAAGACCCACAGUCUCCCCACGGGUCUCAUACACAGAAGGCGUCUCCCCAGCAACGGCAACGCCAGGCUAUAGUGGAUGUCGAGGAGGAGGAGAAAGAAUAUGUCGUACGAGCUGAACUCCCCGGGGUCCAGAAGAAAGACAUCGACGUCCAUAUUGGAAAUGAUGGCCACUCACUAACCAUCGAGGGGCGUGUUCAUCGUAUUAACAAGCCUCCGCAGGAGGACACGUCUCGCGCCGCUGAAAAGUCACAGGCUAGUGAACAGCCCGCAGGUUCUGAGCAGCCAAAUGAGACGUGUGAUUACCGCUCGAUCUUUGCCCGAACUAUGUGGUUCCAUCACGCGGUCGACGGCAACAACGCGCGCGCCAAUCUUGCUGAUGGUAUCCUGACCUUGAACCUUCCUAAGCGCAUGGAGUCAGGUAGACAGAAGAUUAAUCUCCUUUGA